AGAUUAUCUUUAACGUGAUUUCUUACAAGUAAUAGUUUGUCAUCAUGGCUGAACUGUCUCCUGAAGAAAUUCAGCUGAGGGCCAACCAGGUCACCGAUGAGUCUUUGGAAAGCACAAGGAGAAUUCUUGGCUUGGCCAUUGAGUCCCAGGAUGUCGGCAUCAAAACUAUCACCAUGCUGGAUGAGCAGGGCGAACAACUAAAUCGCAUAGAAGAAGGCAUGGACCAGAUAAAUAAGGAUAUGAGAGAAGCUGAGAAGACAUUGACAGAGCUCAACAAAUGCUGUGGGCUUUGUGUCUGUCCUUGUAACAGGACGAAGAAUUUUGAGGCUAGCAAGUCAUACAGAACAACCUGGGGAGAUGGAACAGAGAACUCAGCAGAUCAUGUGAUAUCCAUGCAACCAAGAAGUAUAAAUCAGCGGCAGCCUCAGCCUUCUGGAGGACCAAGUGGUGGAUAUAUUACAAGGAUAACAAAUGAUGCUAGAGAAGAUGAAAUGGAUGAAAAUCUUGCUCAAGUGGGAAACAUUCUUGGAAAUUUGAAAAACAUGGCUUUGGAUAUGGGAAAUGAGAUUGAUUCCCAGAAUAAACAAAUAGACCGGAUAAAUUUAAAGGCUGAUACAAACAGGGAGCGCAUUGAGCAAGCCAACAUCAGAGCCAAGAAACUAAUUGAGAAUUAAAGCCUGCUGUCACUUUCAAUGACACUGUUUCUCCAGCUGCAAGCCACCAUGAUCAUGGAUCUGUGAAACUUCUCCUAUUCUGAAAUAAGAGGGGCUGGGAAAAAUGAAGCAGUAUCUUUUUCUAUAGGGAUUAAUUUUCUCUUAUUGCUUCAUGUAAACGU